AUGGGAUCAAAGGAGACGAAAGAGCUGAAUUACCAGGCCCUAGAAGCGCACAACCAGUUGCGCGAACGUCACGGCGCUCGGCCAUUAAAAUACAGCAAACGGUUGGCUUCAGGUGCCCAGUCUCACGCCAAGUACCUAGCAAGCCACGGUUUGUUCGAGCACAGCAAGUGCAACAAGUACGGCGAAAAUCUUCUCGUCCGCAAGGGUCCAGUGAAUACUCAAUUGACAGGUUAG